CCAUGGCUUGCUAUGUAAUUUCGUAAGGCUUCUUGCUAUAUAUAUAAAACCAGCCUCUUCAACCUCGCUACCUGGCUUUGUUAAAACCACCACAGAGGCGCGAAAAGGAGAGAGAGAAUGGCACCUUCUUUCUGCGUUAAUGAGAGAAAGGUAUGUGUGAGAUGGGUGGAGAAAUAUUUCAAAGAUUGCCUCUGCAAUAUGAAGGAUGAAAUCUCGUUCGGUUUGGGUCUCACAAGUCUAGUAUUCUGGGGAGUAGCUGAAAUUCCUCAAAUAAUAACCAUUUUUCGUACUAAGAAAAGCCAUGGAGUAUCCCUCAUCUUUCUCCUCACUUGGGUCGCUGGGGAUAUAUGCAAUUUGACUGGUUGCCUUCUCGAACCAGCUACUUUGCCAACACAGUAUUACACAGCUCUGCUUUACACAAUCACUACGAUCGUAUUACUUCUGCAAAUCAUAUAUUACGACUACAUAAGCAAUUGGUACAAACAUCCUCAGAAGGUCAACAACAAAAGGGAUGAAGAAGAUGAGAGAAAACCAUUGAAGGCACCGAAGCCAGCCUACGAGUCUGGAAUUCCAAUACCAAAUGGCACACGCAAAGCAGUAGCUAGACAGGAGCACUAUUAUAUGUCAGCAAGAUCAUUGGCUGGAAGUGGCACUCCACCCUGGGGAACUUACAUGAGAGCUGCUAAAAGUGGUCCUUCAACCAUGGAAUCCAUAGAUGCCUCUUCUUCCGAGGAUGAUGAAGCUUAUCCCCCAAUCAAGGCUAGGCCAAUCCAACGUCCUGCAGUUGGAAGUUAUGGUACAUUUCUAGCAGCUGCUGUUAGUUUGCCUCUCAAGGCUGAUGCUUUGAGGGAAGGGUACAUGAGAUUUGCUGGAAGAAAACUUUUGCAGGAAUACGAGACACAUAGUACAUUGGGUCAAUGGUUAGGAUGGCUCAUGGCUGCUAUCUAUAUAAGUGGUCGGCUUCCUCAAAUAUGGUUGAACUUUAUACACGCUUUGCUGUUACUGAUAAUAAGUUGUUGUCUUAAAUUGAUGAUUAUUCAGAUUAAAAGAGGCAGUGUGGAGGGCUUAAAUCCUUUCAUGUUCGUCUUUGCAUUGGUAGCUAAUGUCACCUACGUGGGAAGUAUUCUUGUGAGAACUACAGAAAUGCAAAGCAUCAAAGCUAAUAUGCCCUGGUUAUUGGAUGCGGUAUUGUGCGUGGCAUUGGACCUUUUCAUAAUAAUGCAGUACAUCUACUAUAGAUACUUUCGAAGGAGAGAAGGAAAAGGAGACAACUACAAAGAAGAAAGAGCUGCAUCAGCUUGAGUUUUGUGGCUAGAUGUGCAGUGAUUGAUGUUGAAUUGAAAAACUAAUGGAACGUUCAAAAGAUUGAUCAACAAUUACACUUACUGUGCAACACUUUCAAGAGAGAGAUAUGUCAUAUAUAUGCAUGGUAUAUGGGAAAUUAGGAGCUUGUUUAGUUUUUGAAGACAUGACAAGGGUUACUUUGAAACUGUGUUGUUAUCCAAUGACUAACAAAGCUUAUGAAAUUAUGGGAAGUUAAGACUAUGGCAGUUCUAAAAAGAAAAAUAAAAUAUUUUAAUUUAGAUAA